GCUGGAGCAGGUGAGGGAGGCGGCUCGGCGCGAGCCGCACAACCCGGCCGUCGGGCCCCGCCGCCCAGGGCUGAGUCUCCCGUCUCGCCCCUCGGUCCGCAGGGCCUGCGAUGGAGCCUGCAGCCCCGGGUCGCGCCCCUCCCUGAGCGCCCCCGUCGGCGGCCAUGUUGCCCCGAGGGCGCCCCCGGGCGCUGGGGGCCGCCGCGCUGUUGCUGCUGCUGCUGCUGCUGCUGCUCGGAUUCCUCGUGUUCGGUGGGGACCUGGGGUGUGAGCGCCGCGAGCCUGGCGGGCGAGCGGGGGCCCCGGGAUGCUUCCCCGGCCCGCUCAUGCCACGUGUCCCCGCAGACGGGAGGCUGCGGAGAGCCGCCGCCCUCGACGGAGACCCGGGGGCCGGCCCCGGGGACCACAACCGCUCCGGCUGCGGCCCAAAGCCGCCGCCGCCGCCGCCCAAGUGCGAGCUCUUGCAUGUGGCCAUCGUGUGUGCGGGGCAUAACUCCAGCCGAGACGUCAUCACCCUGGUGAAGUCCAUGCUCUUCUACAGGAAAAAUCCACUGCACCUCCACUUGGUGACUGACGCCGUGGCCAGAAACAUCCUGGAGACGCUCUUCCACACAUGGAUGGUGCCUGCCGUCCGUGUCAGCUUUUACCAUGCCGAUGAGCUCAAGCCCCAGGUCUCCUGGAUUCCCAACAAGCACUACUCCGGCCUCUAUGGGCUAAUGAAGCUGGUGCUGCCCAGUGCCUUGCCCGCUGAGCUGGCCCGCGUCAUUGUCCUGGACACGGAUGUCACCUUCGCCUCUGACAUCUCGGAGCUCUGGGCACUCUUUGCUCACUUUUCUGACACGCAGGCGAUCGGUCUCGUGGAGAACCAGAGUGACUGGUACCUGGGCAACCUCUGGAAGAACCACAGGCCCUGGCCUGCCUUGGGCCGGGGAUUUAACACAGGUGUGAUCCUGCUGCGGCUGGACCGGCUCCGACAGGCUGGCUGGGAGCAGAUGUGGAGGCUGACGGCCAGGCGGGAGCUCCUUACCCUGCCUGCCACCUCACUGGCUGACCAGGACAUCUUCAACGCUGUGAUCAAGGAGCACCCGGGGCUAGUGCAGCGUCUGCCUUGUGUCUGGAAUGUGCAGCUGUCAGAUCACACACUGGCCGAGCGCUGCUACUCUGAGGCGUCUGACCUCAAGGUGAUCCACUGGAACUCACCAAAGAAGCUUCGGGUGAAGAACAAGCACGUGGAAUUCUUCCGCAAUUUCUACCUGACCUUCCUGGGGUACGAUGGGAACCUACUGCGGAGAGAGCUCUUUGUGUGCCCCAGCCAGCCCCCGCCUGGUGCUGAGCAGUUGCAGCAGGCCCUGGCACAACUGGAUGAGGAAGACCCUUGCUUUGAGUUCCGGCAGCAGCAGCUCACUGUGCACCGUGUGCACGUCACUUUCCUGCCCCAUGAACCGCCACCCCCCCGGCCUCACGACGUCACCCUUGUGGCCCAGCUGUCCAUGGACCGGCUGCAGAUGUUGGAAGCCCUGUGCAGGCACUGGCCUGGCCCCAUGAGCCUGGCCUUGUACCUGACCGACGCAGAAGCUCAGCAGUUCCUGCAUUUCGUCGAGGCCUCCCCAGUGCUUGCUGCCCGGCAGGACGUGGCUUACCACGUGGUGUACCGUGAGGGGCCCCUAUACCCUGUCAACCAGCUUCGCAACGUGGCCUUGGCCCAGGCCCUCACGCCUUACGUCUUCCUCAGUGACAUUGACUUCCUGCCUGCCUAUUCGCUCUACGACUACCUCAGGGCCUCCAUUGAGCAGCUGGGGCUGGGCAGCUGGCGCAAGGCAGCGCUGGUGGUGCCGGCAUUCGAGACCCUGCACUACCGCUUCAGCUUCCCCCAUUCCAAGGUGGAGCUGCUGGCCUCGCUGGAUGUGGGCGCCCUCUACACCUUCAGGUACCACGAGUGGCCCCGGGGCCACGCACCCACAGACUAUGCCCGCUGGCGGGGAGCCCAGGCCCCGUACCGUGUGCAGUGGGCGCCCGACUAUGAACCCUACGUGGUGGUGCCACGAGACUGUCCCCGCUAUGACCCUCGCUUUGUGGGCUUCGGCUGGAACAAGGUGGCCCACACUGUGGAGCUGGAUGCCCAGGAGUAUGAGCUGCUGGUGCUGCCUGAGGCCUUCACCAUCCAUCUGCCCCACGCUCCAAGCCUGGACAUCUCCCGCUUCCGCUCCAGCCCCGCCUAUCGUGACUGCCUCCAGGCCCUCAAGGACGAAUUCCACCAGGACUUGUCCCGCCACCAUGGGGCUGCUGCCCUCAAAUACCUCCCGGCCCUGCGGCAGCCCCAGAGCCCUGCCUGAGGCUGAGGCUGGGCCGGCGCUGCCCCUCGUCUUAGCAUUGGGCAGACACCAGGGCAACCUGCCCUCCGCCAUCCCUCCUAUUUAAAUUAAAGGUC